AUGGGGGUGUUUCCCCAAUCGUCUUUGUCUUUAUAUAACUGUUCAAUAUUGUUAUAUUCCUUUGCUAACUUUUCACUACUUUCUCCUGUUUUUGCAUCUUGCAAACUGAGAAGACAGUUUCAUUUUAACAGUAUGCACAAACCUGGUGAUGUAGUUUUAGGCGGGCUGUUUGAAGUCCACUACACCUCUGUCUUCCCAGAGCUAACGUUUACCUCGGAACCAAAUAAGCACAUCUGCCAAGGCUUUGACCCACCAGGGUUCAGACAUGCCAUGACCAUGGCAUUUGCUAUUGAGGAAAUCAACAAGGACCCUAAUCUGCUUCCUAAUGUGACCCUUGGAUAUAGUCUUCAUGAUAAUUGUGCCACUUUAGUAAUUGGAUUCAGUGCUGCAUUAUCACUGGCCAGUGGUCAAGAGGAACAGUUUCUUCCUCAGAAGACAUGUUUGGGCAGCCCUCCAGUCCUGGGGAUUGUGGGUGAUUCCUUCUCAACAUUUUCUAUCGCCACCUCUGAUGUAUUGGGUUUGUUCAGACUGCCCAUUGUGAGUUACUUUGCAACAUGCUCCUGUUUGACUGAUCGCCAAAGGUUUCCAUCUUUUUUUAGAACGAUCCCUAAUGAUGCCUUCCAGGUGCAUGCCAUGAUUCAAGUUUUAAAACACUUUGGUUGGAUGUGGGCUGGACUGCUUGUCAGCGAUGAUGACUAUGGACUUCAUGUUGCCCAGUCCUUUCAAUCUGUGUUGACCCAAUCUGGAUUAGGCUGUCUGGCAUAUUUAGAGAUUUUGCCUUGGGGCGAAAACCCACUUGAGCUAACAAGAAUUGUUGAAGUGAUAAAGAAAUCUACAGCUCGAGUUCUAAUUGUAUUUGCACACCAGAUCCACAUGAUUCAACUGGUAGAAGAGGUGGUAAAACAGAAUGUGAUUGGUCUGCAGUGGUUGGCGAGUGAAGCCUGGACAACAGCAGCUGUGCUCCAAACACCCCGUCUCAUGCCAUAUUUGGGUGGUACACUGGGCAUUGCAAUCCGUCGAGGAGAAAUACCAGGACUUAAAGAUUUUCUCUUAAAAACACAUCCUGGUGGCAACAACAAUGAAAACAGCAUGGUAAGACAAUUUUGGGAAUAUACAUUUCAGUGUAGAUUUGCUCCACCACCAGCAACUUGGGUAGAAUCUGGUGGAGCUUUGUGCACAGGUGAAGAACUCUUAGAGACUGGGGAGACUGAAUUUCUGGAUGUGUCUAACCUCAGGCCUGAGUACAAUAUUUACAAAGCUGUGUAUGCACUGGCUCAUGCUCUUAAUAACAUGCUGCAGUGUGAGCCGGGCAGAGGGCCGUUCAGCGGGGGUAGCUGUGCCAACAUUCAAACCUUUCAGUCAUGGCAGAUUCUGUAUUACUUAAAAAAAGUCAACUUUACAACUCCAUUUGGUGAUCAAGUCUCAUUUGACAAAAAUGGUGAUGCAUUGCCAAUAUAUGAUAUCCUAAACUGGCAUUGGCUCCCCGAUGGAGGAAUUAAAAUUCAAAAUGUGGGUGUAGUUAAAAAGGCAACUUUUGGUGGUGAGGAAAUGAGAAUUGAGGAGCACAAAAUCUUCUGGAACUUUGACAACAAUCAGCCACCUCGGUCAGUGUGCAGUGAGAGCUGUCCCCCAGGGACUCGGAUGACCAGAAAGAAAGAACAACCUGUCUGCUGUUUUGAUUGUGUCCCUUGCUCUGAAGGAAAGUUCAGCAACAAAACAGACUCUGUGGCAUGCAUCAGUUGUCCAGAGGAUUUCUGGUCCAGCCCACACCAUGACAACUGCAUUCCCAAGAAAACUGAGUUCCUAUCCUAUCAGGAACCUUUGGGUGUUUGCUUGACAACAGCUUCAUUGCUGGGGACAUUUGUCUGUACCAUUGUUUCGGGCAUCUUUACCUAUCACCGUAGCACACCGAUAGUGAGUUAUUUUGCCACAUGUUCUUGCCUGAGUGAUAGGCGGCGAUUUCCUUCCUUCUUCAGAACAAUCCCAAGUGAUGCUUUCCAGGUGGUGAAGCAGAAUUUGACGGGCCUGCAGUGGAUUGCUAGUGAAGCUUGGACAUUAGUUGAUGGACUUCAAACUCCCACCUUUAUGCCAUUUCUGAGAGGAACACUAGGGAUUGCCAUUCGUCGAGGAGAAAUUGCAGGUCUCCAAAACUUCCUGUUGAAAAUUCACCCUGAACAGAACAAUAAAAAUAACGAUGAAAACAACAUGAUAAAACUGUUUUGGGAACACAUAUUUAACUGUAAGUUUUCACCCCCUCCAGCAGGCUGGGUGGAGGCUGGUGGGGCACAAUGCACUGGACAAGAAGACCUAGAGAAUGUGACGACUGACCUGUUGGAUGUUUCUGAACUCAGGCCAGAGUACAACAUUUACAAGGCUGUUUACGCACUAGCACAUGCACUUAAUGACAUGCUGCGGUGCGUUCCAGGGCGAGGGCCUUUCAGCGGGAAGAGCUGUGCCAAUUUGCAAACAUUAGAGCUUGGGCAGCUUAUGUAUUACCUGGAAAAGGUCAAUUUCACUACAUCGUUCGGUGACCAAGUGUCAUUUGAUGAGAAUGGUGAUGCAUUACCAAUAUAUGAUGUCAUGAACUGGCUGUGGUUGCCUGAUGGAAAAACUAAAGUUCAGAGUGUGGGUGAUGUUAAGAGAUUGGACUCAAAUGAUGAAAAACUCACCCUGGAUGAAACUCGAAUCUUCUGGAACUUUGAAUCUAAACAGCCCCCCAGGUCGGUGUGCAGUGAAAGCUGCCCCUCAGGUACACAUGUGGUGAGGAGAAGGGGGGAACCUUUGUGCUGCUUUUACUGUGUUUCUUGUUCAGAAGGAAAGUUCAGCAAUGAAACUGACUCGUUGGAGUGCUUCAGUUGUCCAGAGGACUUCUGGUCCUGCCCCCAGCGGGACCACUGUAUUCCUAAGAAAACAGAGUUCCUUUCCUUUCAGGAGCCUCUGGGUAUCUGUUUGACAACCACCUCACUGCUGGGAACAUUUAUAUGUGCAGUAGUUCUGGGAAUCUUCACCUAUCAUUACAGCACACCCAUGGUACGAGCCAACAAUUCAGAACUGAGCUUCCUGCUCUUAUUGUCACUUAAACUAUGCUUCCUGUGUUCAUUGCUCUUUAUUGGACAACCUAGACUGUGGACAUGUCAAUUGAGACAUGCAGCAUUUGGACUCAGCUUUGUACUUUGUGUUUCAUGCAUCUUAGUUAAAACAAUGGUGGUUCUGGCUGUUUUUAAGGCCUCCAAACCAGGAGGUGGAGCCCAUCUUAAAUGGUUUGGUGCUGUACAACAGAGAGGAACAGUUUUUGCUCUUACGUGCAUCCAGGCAGCAAUUUGCGCUGUGUGGAUUUUGACAGAUUCACCGGUACCUCAUAAAAACACUCAAUACCACAAUGACAUAAUAGUGUAUGAGUGUUUAGUUGGGUCCAUUAUUGGUUUCAGUGCUUUACUUGGCUACAUUGGAAUAUUGGCUAUCUUUAGCUUCAUGUUAGCAUUUUUAGCAAGAAAUCUUCCAGACAACUUCAAUGAGGCUAAACUCAUUACUUUCAGCAUGCUAGUGUUUUGUGCAGUGUGGAUUGCUUUUGUUCCUGCGUAUAUAAACUCCCCAGGCAAAUAUGCAGACGCAGUAGAAGUAUUUGCUAUUUUGGCCUCGAGUUUUGGUCUCUUGUUUGCGCUUUUUGGGCCUAAAUGUUACAUCAUAUUGCUAAAACCAGAAAGAAACACAAAGAAGGCCAUCAUGGUUUCUGCAUCAAAAAAAUCUUGA